AUGGGCCGGACGCCACAUAAAGAUCAGAAAGAGGACAAAAAAGAGAGGCCAAGCAUAGGUGCGGGUUCUGCACUUGACAAAUCUAAUGAGCCAUUCAGUUGGGAAGACUACCUGAGAAAAACCUCAUCUAUUGCAGCCUCGCCUACUUGCUUCAAACAGUCCAGAAUCCCUCCUUCCAAUGACUUCAAGGCAGGCAUGAAGCUGGAGGCUCGCGACCCGCGCAACUCCAACUCAGUGUGCAUUGCUACGGUGAUGGGCAUGAUGGGUACUCGACUACGCCUGCGUCUAGAUGGAAGUGACAACACCAACGACUUCUGGAGGCUGGUUGACUCUUCUGACAUCCAACCAAUUGGAACCUGUGAGAGGAAUGGGGACAUGCUGCAGCCCCCGCUGGGUUUUAGAAUGAAUGCCUCCUCUUGGCCCAUGUUCCUUCUCAGAACGCUGAGUGGAGCAGAAAUGGCACCAGCCUGUGCUUUUAAGAAGGAACCAGCUAGCCCCAUUAAAAAUUACUUCAAACCCGGUAUGAAGUUGGAAGCCGUGGACCGGAAGAACCCUUAUUUAAUUUGUCCGGCUACAGUGGGCGAGGUGAAAGGUCAGGAGAUCUUUGUCAUGUUUGACGGCUGGCGAGGUGCCUUCGACUACUGGUGCCACUUUGACUCCAGAGACAUCUUCCCUGUCGGCUGGUGCGUGCUGACGAAACACAGUUUACAGCCACCUGGAAACUUCUUUACACUUCCAGGUGCCCUCCUUGCCCCCGUUUCGUCUUCCUCAACCUCUCUCACAACUCGCCGUUCCACCUCCAACUCAUCCUCAUCCACCAUGCAGACUUCUUACCGACUGCCCAACCCUUUGCCGCCUCUACCAGUCCGCAAAGGUGUCCGAGGCCGCCGUCCUAAGUCGCAGACUAUUGCUUUGUUGAAGGCUGCGGCAGAAGCUGCUGCGGCUGCGUCGCACAACGGUGCAGCACAGAGCCCUGUCCGGACCACUCAACUGGCCCCCAGACCACACAGAAAGCGAGGGCCCAAGCCUGGUAGCAAGAGGAAGACCCGGGUAGUGCCGUCACUUGGCUCAUCAUCAUCAUCAUCAAUUCCAGCUCCUCCACCAGAGACCAGAUUAAGCACUAGCCAUGUCUCAGUAGAUAACCACCAUAACAACAACGCAAAUGUAGUCUGCACAGUGUGCGUAUAUGUAAACAAACAUGGUGACUAUGGCCCCCACCUUGACCGCAAACUGGUGCAGCAGCUCCCAGACCACUUUGGGCCAGCACCUGUCAACGCAGUGUUACAGCAGGCUGUCCAGGCCUGUGUGGACUGUACGUACCAGCCCUCAGUGCUGCUGUCAUUCCUACAGAGCCAGUCCCACACUGGAGGAGAGGUCAUCCGAGUGCGCUCCGAGCACGGCAUCCGUUACGUCAAGCUCCCGUCUGUCUCCAGUGCGUCCACUGUUCUGAGGUUUUUGGAGAACAUGUGUCAGCAUCUCGAGAGUGUCAGUUUAUUCAGCUCGCAGCCUUUCAGCCCCUUUAGCAAAAACACACGCUUCUUUGAAAGGACAAAGUCAGAACCGCUAUCUCACACAGAAAACAGCUCAUCUAACAACGAUUCCAAAAAGGAUCCCACUCCCAACACGCGACCCCCUCACAUAGCGCCGGACUAUCGAGCGACCAAGAGGGAACGGCCGUAUUACGCCUCGCACUCACACACGCCUCCACCUUUAAGAAGAGUCAGCUCUAACCCAAGUGAACUCGGACAAGUGCCCGCACACAGACGCGUGGAAGCAGCUAGUUCAACAACUGGUCCAGACCACGUCACACAAGACAAGGAAAGUUCAGGGAGCGACGCCUCUUCCUGGUCUGUUGAUGACGUGAUCCGGUUUGUUCAAGAUGCUGACCCGCAUACGCUUGGUCCACAUGUGGAGCUGUUUAGGAAGCAUGAGAUCGACGGUAAGGCUCUGAUGCUUUUGCGCAGUGAUGUCAUCAUGAAGUACAUGGGACUGAAGCUGGGCCCCGCACUCAAACUCUGUCAUCACAUUGAGAAGCUGAAACAGACCAAACAGUAA